AUGAAGGACGCACACCCUCCAAUUCAUGACUAUCAUCAGCCAGGAGAUCUUUUCCUUGGUGGAAUUGUCUCUCAUUCCUUCAUCAUCUCCAAUUCAAUAGAUUUCACUGAAGAAUCCACUCCAGUAUUGUUGGAAGAUCUUCGGGUAGUGAUUAAGAAUUACCAGCACAUCCUGGCCUUUGAAUUUGCAGUAAAAGAGAUAAAUGAAAACCCUCAGCUCUUACCCAAUGUCACAUUGGGCUUCCACAUCUAUGACAGUUAUUACAGUGCCAAGUGGACCUAUCAUGACACAAUGCUACUUAUAUCCUCACUGGAGAAAUUUAUUCCCAACUACAAAUGUGAUGGCCAGAAUAAUCUGAGAGCAGUCAUUGGAGGACUGGACUCUGAUAUCUCCCUUCAUGUGGCAACUAUCGUGGAUAUCUACAAAAUUCCACAGCUCAUUGUUGGACCUGCUCCACUGAUGAAUGAAAAAGCUCCAGGUCUUUCCUUUUACCAGAUGUCCCCUAGUGAAAACCUCCAGUACUCAGGGAUACUCUCUUUGCUGCUGCAUUUCAGAUGGACCUGGUUUGGGAUCCUUACUGUGGAUAAUGAAAAUGGUGAUAGAUUUGUGAAAAAUAUACUUCGAAUAUUUUCCCAGAGUGAUGUUUACUCUGCCUAUGUAGAACGACUCCCCAGGAUAGAUUUUGCCGCUAAAAGUAUGGACAUGCUGUUAAAGGGGGCAAAAAUACAUGAUAAAGUCAUGAAGAGCAAUGCCAAUGUUGUGGUGAUCUAUGGAGAAUCAAAUACUGUGGCAAUUUUGAGAUGGUUCCCUUACCUUUCUGAACUGGAAAACAUGCCAGAUAAACCAAAAGGACAAGUUUGGAUCAUGACAGCCCAGAUGGAACUGACGUCUAUGUGCUAUCAAAAGACUUGGGAUACAGAAAUACUCAAUGGUGCUUUAUCCUUCACAAUUCACUCAAAUGAUCUACCAGCAUUUCAAUCAUUUCUCAAAAGUAUAAACCCUUCCAAGAGAAAAGGAGAUGGUUUUAUAAGAGACUUGUGGCAACAUGCAUUCGAUUGUUUUCCCCCCAGUCCGGUUGUGGGGAAAGUGCAGGAGGGCAGCUGCACUGGGGCAGAGAAGCUGGAGAGCCUUCCUGCAACUUUCUUUGAAAUGAGGAUGACUGGCCACAGCUACAACAUCUACAAUGCUGUCUAUGCAGUGGCCCAUGCUAUACAUGCCAUGUCCCCAUCUAGACUCAGAAACAGAGAAAUAGAGAAUGGAAGGGAACUUAAGCCUCAAAUUCAGCAUUUGUGGCAGCUCCAUCAUUUUCUGAAAGCUGUCUCAUUUAACAACAGUGCUGGGGAAAAGAUCUUCUUUGACCAACAUGUACAAUUAGUUGCUGGAUUAGAUGUUAACAACUGGAUAUUUUCCUCCAACCAAUCAUUUCAUAGAGUGAAAGUUGGGAAGAUGGGUCCUCAGGCUCCCCCAGACCAAGCACUCAUCAUUAAUGUGGGUACCAUAACCUGGCAUAGCUGGUUUAACCAGGUACAGCCCUUUUCAGUGUGUAGCAAAAGUUGCUAUCCUGGUAUGAGAAAGCAAAAGAAGGAGGGGGAGCCAUUUUGCUGCUUCGAUUGCACCCCGUGUCCAGAAGGGGAGGUUUCAGACCAAAAGGAUAUGAAUGACUGCUAUAAAUGUGAAGAUACAAGAUAUUCCAACAAAUACCAGGAUCUAUGUAUUCCCAAAGUUGUAAGCUUUUUGUCUUAUGAAGAACCUGUGGGGAUCAGUUUAUCCUGUUGUGCUAUUUCAUUUGCUUUGAUCACCGCUCUGGUGCUAGGAAUAUUUUUGAAGCACCACAACAGUCCCAUCGUCAAAGCCAACUAUCAAAACCUCACCUACACUCUCCUCAUCUCCCUCCUGCUCUGCUUCCUUUCCGCAUUGCUGUUCAUUGGACGUCCGGUGAAGAUGACAUGUCUCUUCCGGCAAGCUGCUUUCGGCAUCAUCUUCUCAGUGGCAGUUUCUUGUGUGCUGGCAAAAACCAUCACGGUAGUUCUGGCUUUCAUGGCCACCAGGCCAGGAUCCAGGAUGAGGAACUGGGUGGUGAAAAGACUGGCCAACUCUGUUGUGCUUUCCUGCUCCCUUAUUCAAGCAGGCAUCUGCAUCAUUUGGUUGUCAACCUCUCCUCCUUUCCCAGAUGUUGACAUGCACUCGGUGAUUGAAGAAAUUGUACUGGAGUGUAAUGAGGGGUCUGUGACUAUGUUUUACUGUGUCUUGAGCUAUAUGGGCUUCUUAGCUAUGGUCAGUUUCACCGUGGCAGUUUUCGCCAGGAAGCUGCCUGACAGUUUCAAUGAAGCUAAGUUCAUCACUUUCAGCAUGUUGGUCUUUUGCAGUGUGUGGUUAUCCUUUGUUCCUGCCUACCUGAGCUCCAAGGGGAAAUACAUGGUAGCUGUGGAGGUCUUCUCUCUUUUAGCCUCCAGUGCUGGGCUGCUGGGUUGCAUCUUUUCCCCCAAAUGCUAUAUUAUUGUUCUGAGGCCUGAGCUGAAUCAUAGGGAUCAGCUCAUGAGAAGAAAAUAUUGA